AUGGUCGUAGGAUCUGUAGUACAAGCCUUCUCCAUUAGCGCUGGCAUGUACGUCGGCGCGCGCUUCAUCCUCGGUUUCGGCAUACCCUUCUGCAUCAUCGCAGGUUCAUCACUAAUGGGCGAGCUUGCAUAUCCAAAAGAACGACCCAUCAUGACCUCUCUCUUCAACGCACUCUGGUUCGUAGGCUCGCUCAUAGCAGCCGGCGUAUCAUAUGGCACCCAAAGCCUGAAAGACGACUGGGCCUGGCGCAUACCUUCGCUACUCCAAGCCGGCCCAUCACUACUCCAAAUCGUCUUCAUCUUCAUGAUCCCCGAAUCCCCACGCUUCCUCAUCUCCAAAGACCGCCGCGAAGAAGCCUACGCCACACUAAUAACCUACCACGCCGAAGGCGCCACAACCUCCCCCUUCGCCGCCGCAGAAAUGGCCCAAAUCGAACACACCAUCCGCAUCGAACUCGAACAUUCAAAACGCUCCUGGCGCGAAAUGAUCGCCGUCCCCGGCUUACGCAAGCGUGUGAUAAUCGGUUCUUUCCUCGGCCUCUUCACCCAAUGGUCUGGAAAUACUUUACUCAGCUACUAUCUCAACCAGCUCCUCAACAUGAUCGGGUACGACGACCCUGGCUUCGUCGGCAAAGUGAACGUUGGGCUCAAUAGCUGGAAUCUGGUGAAUGCCGUGUGUAUCUCGCUAUUAGUGAGGCGGUUUCCGCGCAGGAAAAUGUAUCUGAUCUGCGCGAGUAGUCUGUUGUGUUGUUAUGUCGCGUGGACGGUGGCGAUGCAGCGGUAUACGGCUACGAAGAGGAUUGAGCCGGCGAGGCUGACGAUUGCGAUUAUCUUUCUGUAUCAGAUGUGUUAUAAUAUUGGGUAUAAUGCGUUGACUUACACUUUUUUGGUCGAGUUGUUCCCAUUUGCGCAGCGCACGAAAGGGAUUACUAUCUUCCAGUUUUUUAGCCGGACAGCGGUUUUCACGACAACGAUACUUAACCCGAUCGGGUUGAAACAUGUUCAGGGAAAGUGGCUGAUUAUGUAUUGCGCUUGGCUGGGGUUUGAGAUUGUUUUUAUCUACUUCAUGUUCCCCGAAACCUAUGGCCGCACCCUGGAAGAACUCGCGUUCCUCUUCGAAGACCACGCGCUUGCUGAUGAAGCGACGACGCAUGUAGAGAAGCAGAUGGAGUGGGCUGAAAGGCGGUGGAGCCGGAUUGAUGAACGCAUGAGUUGGGAGAUGGAUGUUGUGGUACCGAGGAAGGCGCAUCAUGGUCAAGGAGAAGGAGGCAAUGAUGUAGUGACGCUGGAUGCAAGAGAAACAGUUCAACGGCAUCAGUAUCGGAGGCGUAAUAGUAGCUGGGAGGAUCUUAGGCAGCUGUAG